AUGGUAGUUAAGUUGAAACAUGUGAUACAGAGAAAUGCAGCAUUGACGACAAAACAUUUGUGGAAUAAACGAAGGAUAACGAAUCCCGAGUGUACCAAGAAAAGUGGACUAAUGAUCAUUUUUUUCAUACAAAUCAAAGACAAACCAGUGUGUUUACUCUGCUCAGAAUCAGUUUCUGUCAUUAAAGAAUAUAAUGUAAAAAGACCCUACAUCUCCAAACACUCAUCUCAUUAUAGAAGUUUUCAAGUUCAACGUAGGAAACAAAAAGUUGAAAAUUUAAUAAAAUAUUUGAAAGAACGGCAGACAAUUUUUAUCAAGAGACGUGAAGAUUCAGAAAAUAUUAUUCGUGCUAGUUAUAUCAUUAGCGAGAAAAUUGCAAAACAUUCGAGAAAUUAUUCCGAUGGUGAAUUUGUAAAAGAAUGCCUACAAGCAGUAGCUGAAAUUUUUUGUUCAGUAUUUUCCUUAGCUAUUGAUGAGAGCAUUGACGUGUCAAAUACAGCCCAACUUGUGGUUUUUGUACGUGAAAUUGAUGAAGGUUUAAAUAUCACAGAAGAAAUGCUUAGCCUUUGGGGAAUGAAAGAUACUACCACUGGGGAAAAUAUUUUUCAAGAAUUGAAAAUGUUAAUGGCUGGAUUUAAUCUACAUUUCAAGAACCUUCAUGGUUUAUCAACAAAUGGUACUCCUGCUAUGGUUGGUAGUAAAGCAAGCUUAGUUUCUAAAAUCAGAUCGGAAUUGGCUUCUAUGAAUAUAGACACAAAAGAUUUAUCCAUUUUUCAUUGCAUAAUUCACCAGGAGAAUUUGUGA